AUGGCUGCGGUCUCCGCGCCGCAAGCCCCAAGUGCGUUGACACCUCCAAGCAGUUCGCAUGGUGGCCAAAGUUCUUGGAACUAUUCUGUGCCUGCACCAACAGAGAACAUCUCCCAGAAAUCCAACGAAGUCAAUAAACCUCCUCUAUCCCACAUGAACGGCAACUCGCUGAGCCAGUCCAAUUCUCGCACCAACCUCUCGCAACGAAACAAUACCCAAUCUUCAGACCCUGUAUACCUGGCACCAGCGAGGGUGAAUGCUUUGACUCGAAAGGAUAGCAGUAUCAGCGAGACUGGCAGUGCACCAGAUAGUCUACUCGAUCUCUACGGGACGAAUAGAAGUGGGCUCAAUAUUAUAGAUUAUGGAGAUCGGAAGACGAUUAAUGGAGACGGAUAUGAUGACGAGGAUGACCCAGAGCAUUCGAGAUGGAUUCAUAGGGACAAACUCGCGCGUAUUGAGAGCCAGGAGCUCCAAGCUGCCGGCAUUAUUCUUCCUCGAGCCCGAGCGCCAAGCAAAUCAAGUCGACGAGAACAAAGUAGAGACCAACAAGGGAAUGGAGUCAGGAGCGAGCAGGCGCAAAAACGACAACGCGUUGGAUCAAUCCCAACGGAAGAAGAAGAGGCACCAGAGAGUAAUGCAUGGGAUUUGAGAACACCUGAAGAGGCUGCUGAGGAUCAGGGGGAUAUGUUCCGGGAUGUUAGUGGGGGCGUCAAGGGUGUAUCACGCAUACCAGUCUGCAAAACAAGUCCGCUUCCUAUACCACUCGAACACCUCGAAAGAGAUACACCAAUGAAGAGAAAGCUUAGCGUUGGAAACAUUGGAGGUGACGAUUCAUUAACAUAUCCCAAAUCUCGUGGCAGGAGUCAGAGCAUCAAGGUCCUCGAGGACUCGAAUGCUACACCUAGCCCAGUGAAGCGUGUCGGACCCGAGAACUCCCCCACGAAGAAAGCUGGAACUCGAAAAGCUUCCACGCCUAGCAAUCGUGGACCAUCAGGGCAGAGACCAAAGACCCGUUCUGGACCACGCGAUGUAACUGGGAAUCAACGGCCAACUACUCGUUCGGGUGAGUUAGGCAAAACCAAUAGCAUAGGAAAGUCCCCAGAAGGAGAUCCGCCGUGGCUUGCCUCCAUGUAUAAACCAGACCCUCGACUUCCACCUGAUCAACAGCUUCUGCCUACAGUCGCAAGACGUCUACAACAAGAACAAUGGGAAAAGGAAGGGAAAUUUGGCAAUGUAUACGAUACCUCUUUCCGACCUCUGAACGAUGAUGAAUAUCCUCGAUCGCCUGAACCUCCUCUGCAACCUGCCGAUGAGGAGGAGCAGAAACCAGAAGAAGAGCGUGGUUCGGAAUGGCCAUUGCGAGGACCCAAGAGUCCUGCUUUGAGCACAGGUCGACCAGGUACAGCAGGUGGACAAGGCAGCUACUCUACCAUGCCAAAGAUUGCAGGCACAGCACAAGGCGUAGGGCCCCAAGCGAGUCCGAAACCUCCAACCAGGAUGCCGGAGCCACCUGAAGACACCAAGCAGAAAGGCGGAUGCGGUUGCUGCGUUAUCAUGUAA